AUGAUUCGCGAGUGUUGGCAGUUCAAUUACCUCUUCGACGUGGAUUUCUUGAUGAGUCAAUUUGACGAGGAUGUGAGAGCACUAGUGCAAGUGAAGGUCGUUCAUGGGUCGUGGAAGAGAGAGGCACCAAAUCGGGUGCGAAUUGAUGAAGCUUGCGCACGAUAUCCGAAUGCGGAAGCUAUCGUGGCCUACAUGCCUGAGCCUUUCGGGACGCAUCAUUCCAAGAUGAUGAUCUUGUUGAGACAUGAUGAUCUAGCUCAGGUUAUCAUCCACACUGCCAACAUGAUCCCGGGAGACUGGGCGAACAUGUCUCAAGGCGUUUGGCGCUCGCCUCUCCUCCCUCUACGCAAGCCAUCUACCCAAAACAGCCCAGAGUCCGAGGAUUCAGCUGCUUUUGGCAGCGGAGCUCGGUUCAAAAGAGACCUUCUUGCUUAUCUUCAAGAGUAUGGGCAGAAGAAAACAGGCCCGCUGGUUAAUCAGCUAGCACAAUAUGAUUUCAGCGAAGUUCGUGCGGCAUUAGUGGCGAGCGUGCCGUCGAAACAGAAGCUCGAUGAGACAUCAGAUUCCAAGACACCGCUUUGGGGAUGGCCGGCUUUGAGAAAUGCGGUGCGCAAUAUACCAAUAGCACAGGAUAAACCAAGAACGACUCCGCAUAUUGUUACUCAGAUUUCAUCAGUCGCAACCCUCGGCCAACAAGACAAAUGGCUCAAAGAAGUCUUCUUCGAAUCUCUAUCGGCAAAGACCUCACCAGCAGCCCAAAACCCAAAGUACUCCAUCAUCUUCCCAACAGCCGACGAAAUCCGCCGUUCCCUGAACGGCUACGGCUCGGGAGGGUCAAUCCACAUGAAAUUGCAAAGCGCAGCGCAGCAGAAACAGCUCGAAUACAUGCGGCCCUACCUCUGCCACUGGGCAGGAGACCAGGCCAACGCGGAAGACAACCACCGUCUUCAAGACGCAGGCCGUCGUCGUGCCGCGCCCCACAUCAAAACCUACAUCAGGUUCUCCAACACGGAGACCAUGGACUCCAUCGACUGGGCGAUGCUCACGUCUGCGAACCUCUCCACGCAAGCUUGGGGCGCCGCGGUGAACCGCAACGGCGAGGUCCGGAUCUGCAGUUGGGAGAUUGGGGUUUUGGUGUGGCCAGAGCUGCUGGCUGGGCCGGAGCCAGGCUCUCACCCCACGCUCGUUCCCUGCUUCAAACGCGACGUGCCAGAUGAUUUAACGGGUAGUGGUGAGGAUCCGCACGAACAAUCAACCGUGAUCGGACUCCGCAUGCCCUACGACCUGCCUCUGUCCCCGUACGCACCAGACGCUGUGCCCUGGUGCGCAACCGCCGACCACACCGAGCCCGACUGGCUGGGACAGACAUGGCUGGUGGAGGAGCCUUGA